UGGGGCUGGCUCAUGUUUGCUUGGAGCCACUCGCUCGACUCCAUCCUCCAGAAUCGUUUCUCGUACCAGGCAGUCAGUCUCAGAGCAGGUCUUGCGUGUUCUAAUAUCAAGCUUAGCGACCUCUACAACGAGAACGCUGCUCCCAUCUUCGAGAACGAGGCAGUCGAAGCGGCAGAAUACAGUAACUUCUCGAAAUGGAUUCCUAAAUUCAUUCAACCUGAUGGACCUUGUACCUACUGUCGAGAUCGCAAGCUUAACUGCUUCCUCAGUUAUGGCAAGGUCACCUGUACUGCUUGUGUGAGUAGCGUACUUUCGUUUCGCCCAAGCAUUUCGCUCAUGACUUUGUGUAAANNGGAUACUCUUUUCAGACCGUGCAGCUUCGUCAAGCCUCAUAGCCACAAUGCAUAUGAGCCACCCGAGGGAGAGUCGUCGAUGGGUCUCAUCGAUACCUUACAUCCUAUUGGAGAGGAUUGUCCUCAAGAACAGGGGAAGUUGACUGGUGUUCGAUCACUCAAAUCCAUGCCGGACAAGAAGUCCAACAGCCGCUUCUCGAAAGCUGCCGUGAAAGUUCUAAGAAACUGGUUGGAUGAACAUCAAGCCAAUCCAUACCCUACUGAAGAUGAGAAAGAGCAGUUAGGUCGCACGACUGGCCUUCGACUUGCUCAAAUCAACACCUGGCUUGCCAACGCUCGACGCAGGGGCAAAGUCGGUGUCAAGAACAGGGCCACCUUGGAUGGCCUAUCACACUCAACCACUACUUCACUACCGCCUACAGCUGCCAUUGGUAUACCUGGUUCUACAGAGAUCGAGAUUAACAAGUGGUCAGACAUGAACCCCCUUGAGCGAUGGAAGCACUCGCCUCCUCAGAACGAACCUGCUCCUUUCAACGCUAUCGCCGACGCUUUGGACAGAAGAGAUCUACCCGACUAUGCGGAGGAGUCAAGCUCCNNCCCUUCAUCCUUGGGCUGGCGGGGUCUUGGAUCAAGUCGCGAUGACUCGAGAUCCUCAAACCGUAGAGCAGCUUCUGUUACAUCCUUGGAGAGGUCUACGUCCAAUUCUGCUGCAUCAUCGGCAUGGUCGAGCUCGCUCGCAUCUUUUGGCUCGUACAGCUCUUUUGGGAGCAGUCUCAACGGCAGAAAAGAACGUAGACGCCGCCGAAAGAUGCCUGGACCUGCCCUCAAGAAACCAUCAAACGACAAGAACGUCAAGAAAGACAGAAUCUACCAGUGUACAUUCUGUACAGAUACCUUCAUCACCAAGUACGAUUGGCAAAGGCACGAGAAGACAUUGCAUCUAUCUUUGGAGAAAUGGAUAUGCUGCCCAUUGGGUCCUGAGACACUAGAUCCCGUCACAGGCAAAACUAUCUGUGCAUAUUGUGGUGUGCCUGAGCCAACACAAGAUCACAUAGAAUCACACAACCACCGACAAUGUCUGGACAAGGGAUUUGAAGGGCGAACAUUCUAUCGUAAGGAUCACUUACGACAGCAUCUUCGACUUGUACACGAAAUGAAGUUACUGCUGCACAUGGAAGACUGGAAGACAAGUCUGUCAAAGGUCAAUAGCAGAUGUGGCUUCUGCAGUCAGCGAUUCAGUGUGUGGUCAGAGCGCAAUGAUCACCUAGCUGCACACUUCAAAGACGGAGCCAAGAUGAGCGAUUGGAAGGGCUGUCGAGGCUUGGAUCCAGGUAUAGCUGCUCUUGUCAGCAGUGCCAUGCCGCCCUACCUUAUCGGCAUCGAAACGAACUCGGUCAAUCCAUUCACUGCGACACAACCGAUGAAAUGUAUGACGGUCCAGGCACACCUCGACGGCGGAGGCGCGCCAACCACAUGCUGGGAGAUACUGACUGUACGGCUUGGGAAAUUCGCGAAAGAGCAGACAGAUAAAGGCGUCGUCCUGACCGAUGAGAUGCUGCAGACACAGGCGAGACGCAUCCUUUACGAUUCUGAUGAUGCUUGGGACAAUACUGCGGCUGACAACCCCGAAUGGCUGGACCUUUUCAAACGAGCUCAUGCGCUUGACUACAUCCCAACCGAAGUAUCGGGCAUAGGCAAGAACAUUCCUGAGGACCUCGAGAUCUAUACAGAUCUUGGUAUGAGGAUUCCAUUCAGCGUACAAGUGGCCCGUGGUAUGUCGAUCGACUACCCACCAGACAAUCUACCGAGAACAGAAGAUUUUGACCAUCUUCAAGUAACACAAGAACAAACAGCGGCCAAUGAAAGAUUCGCUGCACAAAAUGUUCACGGUGCAGCUACUUCAAGCAGGUCAUCCCUGUCGCAGCCAUCACCACAAUAUGGAUCCAACUUCGCUACGCCAGCGACCUACCAAAGCUAUGGCUCGACACCGCUGCAAUUAGACACUCCUCAAGACAUGGGCACAAACAACUGUUUUGAUGCAGAUAUUGAUGCCAUGUUGGCAGAAGCAGGCUACCCGUCAGCCCCACAAGCUAGUGCAGGCGACCUCGCUCGGCAGCAAAAUGCAAUGGUCGCUCGUGAGCACGGACUAGAUUCUUCUCUUACACCAGAAAAGGCCCAAGAGCAAUUGGCUGAGCUGAACGCCGCCAUGGCUGUGCUCACCGAACAGGCCGUCUUGUGCGACGCACCGUUCUCUGAGCAGUCAUCAAGCACUAUGGACUACACGAACUUGAGCAUGGAAGCCGAGCUUUCGGACUUCAUCAGGUCAACAACCACAUCGACCAAUGACAAUAUGUUUGCAACUACAUGGGACAGUAAAGAUCAGUUUGGAGUUCAAAAUGCUUUUACCACUGCGGGAGAUGAGGGUGGGAUGAUGGCAACGGAUAUGACGAUGCAAGAUUUGGACAUGAGUGAUAUACAAUUCGGCGAUAUGGACUUUGGAUUGGGCUUCCAGUGA